AUGUGGGAGCGCAACAAGCACUCCGAGCUGCUGGAGCAGAAGCGUACCAGCAUUUUACUCGACAUGCCCGACCUGAAGACCAGGACAUCACUCGCUGUCGCUAUAGAGAAAUACAAGGAGCGGCUGCACGGUGACUCUACAAGCAAUAUGCAUCUCAGGUGGGCUAAUCUUCAGACUCGUAUGAAUGUGGGCGCGGUGGAGAAGGUGAAGUUUUUCAUACAGAUGCAGCAACAGCACGAGCAAGAGCAAGCGCGAGACAACAGCAGCAGUCAUAAGCAACAGAAAAAGCAAAAGGUGGAGAAACCAGCAGAGACCGCCGAGUCGAGAACGGAGAAGCUGCACAAGAAGCUGCACCACAUUCUCCACGUGGAUUUGAGAAGAGCGGUGAAAGACGCGCGUGUAUCUGAGCACAAGCGGCUACAGAAGAAGUUAACUCAGUUGGAAAAGAUGUCAAGUAAAGGCGAGAAGGUUGAUAGCCAGCAGCAAGAAGAAGCACAGAAUCAACUUAUCGAGACCAAGGAGUAUGAUGGUCUACCUGCUGCACAGCACACCUUCUUUUCUAAACUCUCCAAACAUAAUCAAGGUGCUUUUAAAAGUCGCGAGGAGGUUAUACACGCACUUAACAAGCUCAGCUUCAAUUGGCCAGCAAUUUCUCUCCCUUCAAACGCUCCACAGGGGAAAGUUGCAGCUCGAUUCAUGUCCAUUGAGCAGAUCAGCAGCGUCGCUAAGUCUGCUGUUGAUUCUGUCGUCUCUAUCCUCGGUGACGGUGCAAAGAAGGAGAAUGAGGUGAAUGUGCAGGCUGAGCAGGUUCCAGCAGACGAUAAACAAAUAAAAAAUGAUAAAACUCUUCAACCUCCCACUCAAAUCAAGAAAGAAAGACCCGCGACAGAUAAUUCAGCACUCAUCGCUAAACUCACCAAUUCUCUCGGCGGUACUGUUAGAGAUGAUGAUGACGAAGAGGAGGAGGAUCAAGAAGCCGACUCUGAUGCUCCUCUUUCCGGAUACACAAGCGGUGAAGCUUCCGACGACGCACUCCAAAACUGGCCUGAUCCUGACGCUGAUAGUGACGGUGAUGAUGAUAACGAUGAUAUUAAUAACGAUGAUAUUAAUAACGAUGAUGAUGAUGCUGACAAUGGCAACGCCUUGCUCAACUCUCUCAAUACUGGUGUUGGGUAUAUCUCAGGUGGCAGUGAUGAUAUCAGCGAUGCAGAGGAAAAAGUCGCUCCAAGGAAGAAUAGAAUGGGUCAGCGGGCUCGCAGAAUGAUACACGAAAAGAAGUUUGGCAGAGGUGCAAACCAUGUCCAGAAAAAGUUUGAAGAGGAUAAACAGCUUGAGCGUGCUAAGAGGAUGGGCAGGAACAAGCUCGAUUCUGGCUGGAAAGGACGCCAGCAGAGGCAGUCUGAGGAUCAAAAACCUAACAAGGAUCUUAACGGGGGCUAUAAGAAGGACUUUAAGAAGGACAAUAAGACUGACUCUAACCACUCAAGCAAACACGACAGAGGCUAUAAAAACCACAGCAAGCCACAUAGCAAGCCAUCCGUGCCUAUUAAACCAGGCACAGAUGCAGCCGCAGAUGACCAGGGUCAGUUGCAUCCUUCAUGGGCAGCCAAGAAAGCACAGGCGGAAGCCAUAGCAAAUGCGCCAGCGCCCACCAAAAUUACAUUCGACUAG